UAUGAACGCGCGCGCCCGCUAAUCAUGUCACUUAAGCCGGACGAUGGUCAUUCGCCUCCGUCCGCUGUAACACAGCAAAGUCCGCAAAAAACGCUUCGUCACAGAGACCCGGGAGGGAGGAGGGUCUCGUGCCAAUUCUGAUUGGCUGCCUGGCAAAAUACAUAUCAUUUUUACAGCGCAAAUGGUUCAAACUCCGCGUCACUCUGUGCACCAUGGCUAAGCCCCUUCUUCAUGGCUAUUUCAGAAGUUCUUGCUCUUGGAGAGUUCGGAUUGCAUUUGCACUUAAAGGUAUUGAUUAUGAUCAAGUUCCAGUAAACCUCAUCAAAGAUGGAGGCCAGCAGUUAACAGAUCAGUACAAAGAACUGAACCCUAUGCAGCAAGUGCCCGCUGUCACCAUAGAUGGCGUGACACUGUCCCAGUCACUCGCUAUUAUCCAGUACAUUGAGGAGACGAGGCCAGGUCCCGCCCUGCUGCCUGCGGACCCUCAGAAGCGGGCGAAGGUACGGAUGAUCUGCGACCUCAUUGCCUCGGGAAUACAGCCCCUGCAGAAUCUAUAUGUUUUACAAAAGAUUGGAGAAGAUAAAGUGUCCUGGGCACAGCAUUUCAUAAUCAGAGGAUUUGUAGCUCUGGAGUCACUGUUGAAAGAGACAGCUGGGAAAUACUGUGUCGGGGAUGAGAUCUCCAUGGCUGACAUUUGCCUGGCGCCCCAGGUUUAUAAUGCCGAAAGAUUCAAAGUUGAUGUUGAUCAGUUCCCCACUAUAAAAAGGCUGAACCAGACUCUACUGGCACUCGAGGCCUUCAGCACAAGUCACCCCUCCUGCCAGCCUGACACUCCCGCGGACCUGAGAGCUUAGAGCAGUUCUGAAACAGCACAAGACAACCGGGGAGGGCGCUCUUGAGAACAGCCUUUGUAUUAAUGACAGUUUCAUGCUUUAACAUCAACAUGUUUUUCCAUUAAAAUUAUACAUGUUAAA